GAGAAAUUUGAAGGCUUGUUCCGUGCCUACGAUGACUGCGUGACAUUCCAGCUGUUCAAAAGCUUCAGGCGUGUGCGGAUAAACUUUAGCAGUCCCAAAUCAGCUGCUCGUGCCAGAAUAGAGCUGCAUGAAACACAGUUCAGAGGGAAGAAGUUAAAGUUGUAUUUUGCACAGAUUCAGACCUCUGAGACAGAUGGAGACAAGCUUCAUUUGGCACCACCACAGCCUGCAAAACAGUUUCUCAUCUCGCCUCCAGCCUCCCCACCUGUAGGGUGGCAACCAAUAGAUGAUGCAACACCUGUCAUCAACUACGACCUCCUUUAUGCAGUUUCUAAGCUAGGACCAGGAGAGAAGUAUGAGCUGCAUGCAGGAACGGAGUCCACUCCCAGUGUGGUAGUGCAUGUCUGCGACAGCGACAUGGAAGAAGACGAGGACCCAAAGAAUUCUCCAAAGCCAAAAAUCAUUCAAACUCGACGCCCUGGUCUGCCACCUCCUGUAUCUAACUGA